GGACGAUAUCAGUAGUUUUCUUCAAACUGUUAACUAAGUUCUACAAUGAAACACUUUAUUCUCUUGGUUCUUUCAAUUACACUGACAACGUGUUCGAUACCGCCAGAUUUCAGAAAAUGCCUCCGCAAAGACCCGAAUUUCAAGAAAUGCUAUUUCGAAGCGGCGCAGUCUGGCGUCAGACUACUCACCAAACCUUACAAGUCUCUAGAUUUACCUAACAUUGAACCCCUUUACGUCCCUUCUUUAAGUAUACGUGAUAAAGGGGGUGCCGUAGCCGUGGACCAGAAUUUCAAAAACUGCACCCUCCACGGUCUAACUACGAUAAAAUUUACCCACUUUGAGUUAGAUUUGGAAAAAAAGACGUUAGUUGCGGGUGGUAAAAUCCCCAAAUUGGUGUUCAAAUGUGAUUACCAAGUGGACGGUAAACUGCUUCUUUUGCCGAUAAAAGGAGAAGGCAAUGGUACGGUUACGUUCUCAAAUUUUUAUUCAAACUAUAGUUCGGUUUAUGACGAAGUUGUGAGAAAUAAUAAGACUUAUUAUACGACAGCUAGCACGAAAAUGCACUCGGAUGUAGAACAUGCGCACUUUCAGAUAGAUAAUCUUUUUGACGGGAAUAAAGAAUUGGGUGACAAUCUUAAUAUGGUGAUUAACGACAACUGGAGAGAAGUUGCGGACGAUCUGAAGCCUGAGUACAACGAAGUCGUGAGACAAAUAUUGACGGGGAUGAUGGAGAAGGUUUGGGGGAAGAUCUCUUUGGAAGAAUUUUUCGAUUAAGUUUUUUCGUUUUAAUGUGAAGCGUUUGUAAGUGAGAUAAUGUGUUCUGGAAGACAAAAUAUGUAAAUAUAAUAGAUACGGUAUUAA